AUGAAUCAUUUCGAAUUAAAAGAUUUCCUAUCUAAACUUAUAAUCUUUGAUGAAAAUGAACUUUUAGAUAUCAUAAAUCUAUUACAGUAUAACUUCGAUCCAGAAUCCUUGAAAAUAACUGAUAAAAAAAUCAAAAGUAGAUUUAAUAAUACUGAAACUGGAAUAUCCAACAGUAAAUCAUUGUCUAAACAAGAUGCAAGAAUAUAUAAAUAUUAUUUAAACAGGUAUACCAUUUUUAGUAAAUUACAAACUAAUAAAUCGUGUUGUUUGUAUAUGACUGAUGAAUUAUGGUACAGCGUUACCCCAGAAGAUAUUUCUUUGUUUAUCGCAGACUAUAUAUAUUCCUGUCUAUUAAAUUCCAAAAAAGAUUUAAACAAAACUAUUAUUAUUGAUUGCUGUUGCGGUGGUGGUGGUAAUACAAUACAGUUCGCCAAAAAAUUCCCCAAUUGUAUAGGUGUAGACAAUAAUAUUGAGCAUUUGUAUUGUACCUAUAAAAACAGUGAAUUGUAUAACGUUCAAGAUAGAGUUUUAUUGAAAUACGGUGAUUGGUUUAAAAAAGAGGAUGAUCUAUUAAAUCUUUUAAAUCAAACAGGUAAUUGCGUAGGGUGUGUGUUCAGUUCACCGCCUUGGGGUGGUCCUGAAUAUUUACUGAGUGAAUAUUAUGAUUUAGAAAAAAAUUUAAACGGCUUUGGUGGUGGAUUAACUAAUAUUUUGAUGAGUUUUAAAAAAUUUAGUAAAAAUAUCGUACUAUUUCUACCUAAAAACUCAAAUUUAGUACAGCUAUCUGAAAUCACAGAAAAGGUCUUUGAUAAAGACACCAGAUGUAGAAUUAUAUAUGUUAAGAGUAAUGGUUAUUUAAAGGGACUCUUAUGUAUGUGGGGGGAAGACAUUGUUUUUUAA